UCUCAUAGUAUGUUUUAAUAUAUAAAAAUGUGACGAAUUGUCACAUUAGUAGUAAUAUACAGGUAUUUAAAUGACUCAAAACAUUGUCUGCAAAACACUUUUGAUUGAUAUUUGUUUUAAAGACUUAUUUCUUGUGAUAAUUAACUAAAUUAAGAAAUGGACGAUACAUUUAAGUUAUUGGUCAACAAUUUGCUGAAGACGUCGGUUACUGAGACAGCCAUUGACUCAAUGACCACACGGGAGAACCGAAUCCGACAAUUGUUUCGACACCGCAAGUGUCCCGUCGAUGGCUGGGAUGAGGUCACCAUCGAGUUGUUGGUCAACAGAUUGGCGUUAAUGGAUAGUAACAAUUUUAUACACAACUAUGGUUUGGGUGAACGUGAGGCCAGAAUUGCUAGUUCUUUGGUUGCCCGACGUCACUACCGAUUCGGUCACGGCAUCGGCCGUUCCGGUGAUAUCUGCGAAUUACAACCCAAGGCUAUCGGCUCUAGUCUUAUGAAUGUAUUGACAAAUACUUUAGUACUGGACGUCAUUCAACAGUUAGGUGUUCCCAAUACUAGUUCAUGUUUUGUGACGCCGAUGGCCACCGGUAUGAGUCUUACACUGUGUUUAUUGACUUUAAGACACAAACGACCGAACGCUAAAUACGUGAUUUGGCCGCGAAUUGACCAGAAAUCGUGCUUUAAAUGCAUUUUAACCGCCGGGUUUAUACCUAUUAUUAUUGACAAUAAAUUACUGGUCAAUAAUUCGCUGGAAACCGACUUUGUUGCUAUUGAAGCCAAAGUCAAACAACUAGGAAGUGACCAAAUUGUCUGCAUAUUGUCGACCACUUCAUGUUUUGCUCCGCGAAAUGCUGACCCAUUAGAAGAGAUUUCAAAGUUGUGUCUUAAUGAAGAUAUACCACAUAUAGUAAACAAUGCUUACGGAUUGCAAUCGACAAAAUGUCUUCACCUUUUGGAAGUCGCCUCAAGAGUUGGUAGAAUUGAUGCCUUUGUUCAGAGCACAGACAAAAAUUUUAUGGUUCCCGUUGGCGGUGCUAUAAUUGCCGGCUUUAAUAAACAAUUUAUCGGUGAAAUUAGCAGUACUUAUGCCGGCCGGGGAUCCAGUACUUCAUCUCUAGACGUAUUGAUAACUUUACUUCAAUUAGGUAUUAAUGGCUAUAAGAAAUUGCUUAAAGAACGCAAAGAUCACUUCAAUUAUCUUAAGGAACAAAUGAUAUUUUUGACUAAUAAUUUCAAUACAACUGUCAUUGAAUGUAAAGCAAAUCAGAUAUCAAUUGCAAUGACAGUCGACAAUAUAAUCAACAACGACAACAACAAUAAGACAUCUAUGAAUACAACAGAAUUGGGUUCAAUGCUUUUCAAGAGAGGAAUAUCUGGAGCACGAGUUGUGGCUAUUGAUGGCAAAUAUAAGAGUAUUGGCGGUUAUGAGUUCAAAAACUGGGGCUCACAUAGCAGUCUUGAUAAUAGUUCCUACAUUACAGCUGCCGCUGCUAUCGGAGUUACCAAAGAGGACAUCAAUGUUUUUAUUAGAAAAUUAAAAUCAGUUUUUGAAUUAAUUAAAAGAGAUAUAAAUAAUAUAAAAUCUAUAAAUAAUACAAUAUUUUGA